AUGUCCGACGUUGAUGACGAGCUCCUUGCCCUCGCUGGUGGCGGCGAGUCUUCGGACGAAGAUGUUCCCCCACAGCGCAAACGGCGCUCGGCCGCCGCAUCUGACGAUGAAGACGACGACGAUGAUGCGCCCGUGAGCAGACACCGCAGCCGGAGCCACUCCGAGUCACGCCCGGUGUCCCGCGGGGACGACAACCCCGCACGCAAAAACGACUCGCCGAGCUCCGCCGGCAUGUCCGUGAAGAAGCCGACCAAGGCCAGACGGCGGGCACAGUCCGACGAUUCAGAGGAGGAGGGCGAGGCCUCGUCGCAACCCGGUACCCCCAGCUCGCAACAAUCAGCCCCCAUGGACGAGUCCGACUCCGAGUCGGACGCCGAUGUGACAACCACGAAGAAGUCGCGGGUUGCCGCGGCCGCUGCUGUGGCCGACGACGACGACGAUGACGAGAAUAAGUACCCCGUCGACGGUCUCUUUGCGACGCACGAGGAGAAGGAAGAGAUUAUGGGCAUGCGCGAGGUGGAGCGUGAGCAGAUUCUGGCCGAGCGCGCCAUGGAAAAGGACCGCAUCCACCAAAACAAGCUCCUGCGCAGCCUCGUGAGCAACGACGAACAGCGUAAGAAGCGGUCGGCGAGCGCGGCCGACCUCGACGAAGGCCAGCGCAAGACAUCGCGUGUGCGCACGAAGCUGGGCGGCACCAAGGUUGGCGAGACGCACUCGGCCAUUGACACGCUCAAGAGCCGGCGUGCCGAGAAGAGCGAGCGCAACCGGCGGCGCGAGGAGGACCGUGAGCGGCGGAAAGACCGGCCGUCGUCGCGCGGCGGGCGCAGCGACAGCAGCCGCUCGGACGACGAGGACGAUGACGAUGGCUAUGAGCCGGGCGAUGCCGACAGCGACGUGGAGUGGGCCAAGCCCUCCAAGAAGUCGCGGUCGCCCGAGCUCAAGGUCAGCCAGGUUGCGGAGCUGCGGGACGUGGAGCGCGUGCGUCUCAGCCGCAGCCGUUUUGGCCAGGUGUGCUUCUACCCUGGUUUCGAGGAGAAAAUCACAGGCACCUUUGUCCGGAUAUCUAUCGGUCCUGAUCCGGAGACGCGCGAGCCUGUCUAUCGCAUGGCACUUGUCAAGGGCUUCACCAAGGGCAAACCGUACGCCAUCUCGGGCCCUCAGGGCCAAAUGAUUGUCACGGACCACCCAUUCACUGAGUCUGAGUGGUCGCGGUACCAGAAGGUGUGCCACGCCGACGGCGUAUCCGUCCCAAAAAGGGGCCUGCUGCUCAACAAGGCGGACGACAUCAACCAGCUGAUCAACCGCAAGUGGACCGAGCAGGAGCUCGUCGAAAAAGUCGACCGCCAACAGGAGCUCAAGAGCCGCUUCAACGGCGUCGACCGCCUGCGCCUCGAGACCGCCAUCAAAGAGGCCAAGGCCCUCGGCAACGCUGAGCGUGCACAGAAGCUGCAGGAGGAGCUCGACAGCCUCGAGACCCCCCGCCUCGCCUUCCGCACGUCUCUCACUGCAUCAACCAAGACCAGCAACGAGCCGUCGCAGCAGGAGCGCCUCGCCCGUCUCAAUGCUGAGAACCGCCGGCGCAACGCCGAUGCUGUGCGCAAAGCGCAGCUGCGCGAGCGCAAGAAGGCGCGCGAGAUUGAGCGCAAGAUUGAGAAUGGCGAAGAGGUCGAGGAGGACACGUCUCGGCGUGUCAAGACGCGGGCCAAGUUUGUGCACGACAUCAAUGACAAUGGCGCCACGCCCGAGAGGAAGCCCGGCAGCCAGGCGGGCAGCGGUGCGAGCACACCAGCCAACGGCACACCGCGCCUUGGCGCACAAAAGAGCGGCUCUGGACUCCUGCCGCACCUGGCCAAGCUGCAGCAGCAACAGCGGGCGACAGCCAAGAACGGCCUGCCCGUGCUCCACAAGCCGAUUGUGGACGACGACAUUAUUGCGUCGCUCGAUCUUGACAUUGACGACAACAUCUUUGACGACUAA